UUCUCCGUGUAAACACGUUACUAGUUUCAUAUUCAUUCAUAAAUUUAUGUAUAACGGUGUUACGUUUUUAAAAAAUGUUCGAAGGCUUGAAGUACAGUAUGAGUGUUUACUUAAAAAAUGAAGCUCUUAAGUUGGACGAAGUUCUAGGAAACAUAAAAAUUAUGGUUAAUCGAUUGAACAGUAGUAAACUCUGUAUUCACGCGAAACACUGAUUCAAUCGUUUUUUAUGAAUUUUGUGAAGGGGUGGAUCCGGUACCAGUGCAGCCAUGUUUUAAUUGUGCCCUGGUAACGAACUGGUUCUUAGAGGAAAAUCUCGGAACGUUUAGUUAUUGUUUAUGUAAAAGACAGAUUUUGAUGUCCAGUGUUAGUCGUUACUUCAGUGGAUCAAUUCUUUCUGAAAAUGUAUUGAAAACUCAACAAGGGCCAAAGGUUUUUUUUACAAACGCUGCCUAAAAACACAAGUCACGAAAUUUAAACUUGUGUACACUCGACGAGACUACCUCGCGAUUUAAGAUGACCGUGCAAGUUUAUUCGUGUGUUAUGUAAGCUAAAUAAAAAAAAAUAUAUUAUAUUGAAUUUAUUUAGAGUUAUCUUAACCAAAAUUCAAAAUUUGUUUCAUAUAUUUGCAGCAUUUUAACUUCUAUAAGGCAAUUUCGACAUUUCCACUCAAACAUGAAUAGGAAAAUAAAAACCUGUUGUAUCACGAUAAAAAUUAUUUACAAUGAGAUAAUCGCGGGUUCCUAUUUAAGGCGGUCCGUUGCACGUUUAAAUUAGUUUCAACGAGUAGCACACACCGAAAACAUCGCAUUAAAAAUGGUUCUUUCUAUGGAGAGAUGGGUGGGCAAAGUUGCCAUUGUUACUGGUGCUAGUUCCGGAAUCGGUGCCGCUGUUGCAGAUGCUCUUGUCGAAAAAGGCUUAAUCGUACUCGGUGUGGCUCGCCGCUCUGAACGAAUAGAACAACGUGCCAAACAACUCUCAGGCAAGAAAGGAAAACUCCAUGCCAUCAAAGCUGACUUAACCAAAGAGGAAGAUAUUGUGAAAGUUUUUAAAUGGUCUAAAGAAAAUUUGGGACCCGUUCAUAUUCUAGUCAAUAAUGCCGGAAAAACGGCUUCUGCAAACCUCACAGAAGGCAAAACUGAAGACUGGAAAUCAGUUUUUGAUCUAAAUGUCAUAGCACUGAGCAUAGCCACACGAGAAGCAGUCAAAAUCAUGAAAGAGAACAAAAUCAACGGCCACAUCGUACACGUGAAUAGCGUUUUGGGACAUCAAGUGUUGAAUUUUCCAGGUCUAAACGUAUACCCUGCAUCGAAAUUUGCUGUAACCGCUCUGACUGAAACUUUGAGACAAGAAUUAAAUCACCAAGGUCUUAAAAUUAAAAUUACUAGUGUUAGUCCUGGUCUGGUUGAAAGCGAAAUGAGCACUUUAAAUCCAAAACUAACUCCUGAGAGAAAAGCUAUAAUGGAACACAUGCCUAUAUUGAAAAGCGAAGAUAUUGCUGAUGCUAUUGUGUACACCCUGUCUACGCCGGAGCAUGUUCAAGUCCAUGAGCUUACUAUUAAGCCUGCUGGUGAAAAGGCCUAAGAAAAAUUGUCUAUCGAAAUCCAGGUUGCAAGAAAUGUUUGAGCUUUAUAUUCAAGUGAAAGCAAAGCUGAAUGUAAAUUGAUUAAAAAAUAAAAUGCAAAACCUCUA